CACACUUUUCGAAGCAAGAGUCAGGGUUAACACUUAAUGGUGAAAUGAACCAGAGCCCGGCAAUCGCUGUGGAUUAAAACGGAAACUUUUAUGAUGGCUGUAAGCGUGAAAAAGUAGCCGAAAAACAUCAACACAGAAGAGCCUUCGCUUGCAACAACUAGAUGCACGCGCAAACAGCUAGUAUGCAAGAGCCGAGCCGUACCAAAGGCUGCAGUCUCAAAUCCCCAGCGCUUUAAAACUGAUCAAGCCACCCCGAAAACAUUUUCUCCGACUUUUCCUACUUCUUAUUCUUGUCGCGACGUGGCCGAAGCAGUUUUAAAUUCAGAAGUAAUUAUGGCGGGGAAACUGACAUCUCAAGGCACGGGAAUACUGCUUGUUACAGCCAACGUUGGAUCGCUCUUUGAAGAUCCUGAAAACCUACAGAAGACAUGGUUACGAGAAUUCUAUCAGACGGUGCAUACACACAAGCCUCAGUUUGUGGCUUUGCAUUGUCAAGAAGUGGGAGGUAAAAACUAUGAAGAAUCCAUGACACACGUGGACAGUUUUGUCAAAGAGAUGUUGUCCAGUGAUGCCAUGAGAGAGUACAGCAGAGCGCGUGUCUACCUCGACGAAAACUACAAAUCCCAGGAGCAUUUCACGGCGCUGGGGAGUUUCUACUUUCUUCAUGAAUCCUUGAAAAACAUCCACCAGUUUGAUUUCAAAGCCAAGAAGUUCAAGAAGGUGGUGGGGAAGGAGAUCUAUGCUGACACACUGGAGAGCACCUCCAUGGUGGAAAAGGAGAAAUUUCCGCAAAACUACUUCCCUGAGUGCAAGUGGUCCAGAAAAGGCUUUAUCAGGAGUCGAUGGGCUUUGGCGGACUGUGCCUUUGACCUGGUGAAUAUCCACCUCUUCCAUGACGCCUCAAACCUAGUGGCGUGGGAGAAGAGCCCCUCAGUGUACUCUGGGACACGACAGAAAGCACUUGGCUAUGUGCUGGACAGAAUCACAGACCAGCGGAAUGAGAAGGUGCCAUAUUUCGUCUUUGGUGACUUCAACUUUAGGUUGGACUCAAAGCAGGUUAUUGAGAGUCUUUGCUCCACAGCGACCAUGCAGACCGUGCGAGCUGCUGACACCAACGAGGUGGACAAACUCAUAUUUCGAGAGAGUGACAAUGACCGCAAGGUCGUACUACAACUCGAAAAGAAGCUAUUUAACUAUAUUAACCAGGAUGUUUUCCGGGAAAACAACGGCACACUGCUUUUAGAGUUUGACAAAGAGCUGUCUGUCUUUAAAGACCGUCUACAUGAGCUGGAGAUCGCCUUUCCUCCAAGUUACCCAUACAGUGAAGACACCAGUCAGGGAAAACAAUAUAUGAACACUCGAUGCCCAGCCUGGUGUGACCGCAUCCUUAUGUCUGCAUCUGCUAGAGAUCUGGUCUUAAAGCCUGAAAAUGAGGAGAAGUCUGUAACUUAUGACAACAUUGGGCCCAAUGUCUGCAUGGGGGACCACAAGCCUGUUUUCCUGUCCUUUCGGGUAACAACAGGGGCAGGUAAACCUAAUGCAAAUAAGCACAAGUGUUGUGUCGUGCAGUGAUGUGGGAAGUGGUGCCAAAGGGUGGAGAAGAUUUCACGAGAAGCACCCCUGUGAGAAACCCAGAGACGAACAGAGGAGACACACACACACACACACACACGCAUGCAACUCCGUCACACACUCACAGAUGACCCUGUUAGGACUUCUCAGCAGGACUGGCCAGUCACAGUCGUCCCAGGUCCAGCACAUCCAAACAAACGGCUGUUUACCACAUUCUCCAUACACUUCAAGCUCUGAACUCCAGAAACCACUUCAGCUUCCCAACCUCACCGCAUGGAACACGGAACACAGAAACACAGAACCCGGACAAUCCCCCGAGGCCAACAUUGCCAUUCCAAAUAUGUCCAUCCUCCCGCCCACAAAACAUCAAAACAAAACCAUGGACAGUGCUCUCAACAUAUCACAGCAUUGUUGCCAAAACUCUAAUAGAGAUGAGAAAUACUACAUA